CUCAUCUUCAUGUUUCAUAUGAUUAUUAUUUUAAUUUACAUGCGUAUAAAUAUUGAUUCCAAUCUUCUAUUGUCAUCAAGAUCAGAAGAGUGAUUGUGUACAGUUUUUUUUUUUUUUUUGUUUUCCAUCAAGCUUCUUAGUGAUCAUCAGGUUAAUUAAUUCUCUAAUCCGUGUGAUUGUAAAAUGGCGACGAAUUCUUCUAACGGAACGACGACAACAAAGCCACCACCGAUGCCGUCUCCUCUGCGUAAUUCCAAGUUUUUUCAGUCAAAUAUGAGGAUAUUGGUGACCGGAGGAGCUGGAUUCAUUGGUUCACAUCUCGUUGAUAAAUUGAUGCAAAAUGAAAAGAAUGAAGUAAUCGUUGCGGAUAAUUACUUCACAGGAUCAAAAGACAAUCUCAAGAAAUGGAUUGGUCAUCCAAGAUUUGAGCUCAUUCGUCAUGAUGUGACUGAACCUUUGUUAGUUGAGGUUGAUCAAAUCUACCAUUUAGCAUGUCCUGCAUCUCCAAUUUUCUACAAAUACAACCCCGUUAAGACGAUAAAAACAAAUGUGAUUGGCACACUUAACAUGUUAGGACUAGCUAAGCGAGUCGGCGCAAGAAUUUUACUUACUUCGACAUCUGAAGUGUACGGUGAUCCUUUGGUUCACCCUCAACCCGAGAGCUAUUGGGGAAAUGUAAACCCCAUCGGUGUUAGAAGUUGUUACGAUGAAGGAAAACGUGUUGCAGAAACACUUAUGUUUGAUUACCAUAGGCAACAUGGGAUUGAGAUACGCAUAGCAAGGAUAUUCAACACAUAUGGUCCUCGUAUGAACAUUGAUGAUGGUCGUGUCGUGAGCAACUUCAUCGCUCAGGCUCUCAGGGGAGAAGCUCUGACUGUUCAGAAACCGGGAACACAAACCCGCAGUUUCUGUUAUGUUUCAGACAUGGUGGAAGGUCUAAUGCGUUUGAUGGAAGGGGACCAAACCGGACCGAUAAACAUAGGCAAUCCAGGCGAAUUCACGAUGGUUGAGCUCGCUGAGACGGUUAAAGAGCUUAUUAAACCGGACGUGGAGAUAAAGAUGGUGGAGAACACACCAGAUGAUCCAAAACAGAGAAAACCAGACAUAAGCAAAGCUAAAGAAGUUCUUGGUUGGGAACCAAAGGUGAAGCUACGUGAAGGGCUUCCUCUUAUGGAAGAAGAUUUUCGUCUAAGGCUUGGUGUUUCGAAGAAGUGAAGCUUAUUUUCAAAACAAAAGAAAGAAAAAUAAUUGCUAUUUUAAUUUCAUGGAAUUGUGUGUUCUUAUCGUUUUGUUUGUUUGUUUGUUUGUUUGAUACCGGGGUUCCAAGCCGAAGCAAGCGCAUACUGAUCCCCAAAACAUGUGGAUCAUGUCUUUUAAUCUUUCUCUUUGCAUUUUGAGUUUGUAGGGAAUAAGCAUCCUAACGAGGAACAUUUAGGGAGUGAUGUUACUACUUGAAUUUUAUUACUAUGAGAAUGUAAUCAAUGAGAUGUUUUAAGCUUAGUGGACAAAAUGAGUUAUUUCAUCGUCA